CGUCAGCCGACAGCUUAUCAAAGACGAUAAUAGCAGCAUAUAUAGCAACCUCCUCCUCCUCUUGAACAUCAUCUCACUAACAACAUCCUUGACUCUAUACAAAUUACAACAUACCAUACAACAACUCUAUUCGGGCCAGCAAAGGGCCUAAUCAACCUAACUGAUAACCACAACUUCACUCAAACAACUCCACAAUAAUGUCAUCCGAUUCAAUCUUUGUGCCAAACAGGCUACCGGUCUUGCCAUUACCUUAUCCACUCAUACUACAUCCCUCACUUCUGUUGAGCAUUCCACUCUCCUAUGCUCAUUCAUUAAGCCUUCUCAAAGCAGCUCUACAAGUUUCACAACCAAAUUCAUCACAAUCCAAUGGUGGCAACGGUCGUCGUGAUCAAAUUGAUGCUCAUAAACCAAUCAUCGUAGCAUGUGUUCCAACACUACGACCGGAUCUAUCAAACGCAACUUCUCAAGCGCCACCUGCAAAUGCAAUCAAGAUUGACGAUGAUGUAGAGGAAUUGGGAACGGGAAGCAAAGAAGAAGCGGAUCUUCGCGUAAAGAUCAAUGACCUAUAUGAUUGGGGAUGUGCUGCUCGAUUGAUCAGACUUACUCGUCAUCCUGCCAGUCAAACAUGCACUCUAGUCGUUACAGGUAUUGCUCGUGUUCGUGUGGAUCGUUGGUUAUCCGUUCGUGCACCUUUGACAUCAACCACUCUUGAUUCGGCACGCAAUUUGACCGUUCCAGACGUUCCUGUUCCAUUGGCAAGCAUGACAACUUUCCCCGAAACGCCUUUCCCAGGUCGUAAUCCAUCAACGCAAGAUCAAGAAGCUGUCAAAAAGCUACGUAUUGCCGCCACUGAGCUCAUUGAAGCAUUGAUGAACGAUCCUACAAGCAGACGUUUGGACGCUGCAGAUCCUCGUGCCACCGCUCUUUCUUUGCCACUAUUGCCAAACGCAUUGCUUAAAAGACUCAUGUCCUUUGUUCGUGAAGCUCGGGAUAGUCAAUCUGGACUCCUGGCUGACGUUUUGGUUGGUACCUUGGGUGGAGCAUGUGCAUGGAACGAUCGUGUAGGCGUUUUGGGCGAGUAUGAUCCGCGUGAAAGAGUUGCACGCACGAUCACCCUGCUAGGAGAAGGUGUCUAUCGUGUUCGUACUGCAAGAGAGUUGAUCGCUGCUUUGGGUGCACCUUUAAGUAGCGGAAGCAAGGAAAGUUUGGCAAAGAAUCAAUUGGAAGGAUUGCUUGCUCAAUUGGCCGCUCUAAACCCAAACAUCUCCGCACGAAUCUCGACUGGUAAUACCACAUUUUCCAUUGGAUCAGUCAAGAAAGGAUCGGAAGAUGAUGGAAAAGUGGGCGGAAUUAUUGCCAUUCGUGGAAACAACAACACGAAGAAUGACGAUGCAAGUCAAUCUGCCGUUAUCCGACCAGUAAAUGCACCACUCAAGCCAUUCCGUGCAAACCCUUUCGGUUCGUCGAGAGGAAUGGGUGGCGGUGGUGCAGGAGGAGCAGAAGGUGCGAAUGAAGAAGAUGAAGAUGAAGUAGCUGAACUCACACGCAAACUGGAUGAGGCCAAGCUUACACCUGAAGCACGCAAGGUUUGCGAUAGAGAAUUGAAACGGUUGGGCAGAAUACCUGCUCAAAGUGUUGAGCGUGGAGUUGUGAUUACGUAUCUCGAGACGAUGGCCGAAUUACCUUGGGAUAAGACUUCGACUGAUAUGGACACAAAGGCAAUCACAACUGGCGAAGUGGAUGAGGGAAUCGUUUCUAGAGCUCGCAGAAUCUUAGACGAGGAUCAUUAUGGAUUAGACAAAAUCAAGAGACGUUUGGUGGAAUACUUGGCUGUUCUUGAACUCAAGACAGAGCAAGCAAAGGAAAGAAUGUCACAAGAAGAGCGUGAUUCACGAGAAACUGCCAAGGCUGGAGGACGCAAAGGUGAUGCUGGCAAUGGUGCUCCAGAAAGUCAGUCAAAGGAAGUCGUGCCUUGGGUACCUGGCCUAGGCGAGGAUGGACCUGGAAUUGAUCGUUUGGAUGAACAAGCAGAAGAUGAGGCAGAACGCAAACGUCAACGGGAUGAACAAGUGAGAAGGAGAAAGAAUGCAUUCGUUGCAGACAAAGGACCAAUUCUACUGCUUGUUGGUCCACCAGGAACGGGUAAGACAUCCAUUGCAAAGUCCCUGGCUGCAGCUCUCAAACGACCCUUCACACGUCUAUCCCUCGGUGGUGUUCGUGAUGAAUCAGAGAUUCGCGGUCAUAGACGUACAUACGUGGGUGCUAUGCCUGGUAACAUUGCUUCCAGCUUGCGCAAGGUGGGUGUAAGUGACCCUGUUAUCCUUUUGGAUGAAAUCGACAAGCUUAGCAGUGGUAACGGCUUGCACGGUGAUCCAAUGGCAGCCAUGUUGGAAGUGCUAGAUCCUGAACAAAACAACCAAUUCUCGGAUCACUACAUCAAUUGCCCAAUGGAUUUGAGUAGAGUGUUAUUCAUUGCCACAGCCAACACUUUGGAGACCAUCUCACCUCCUUUGCUCGAUCGUACAGAAGUCAUUCAAGUAUCCGGUUACACACACGACGAAAAGGUCGCUAUUGCCAAGCAAUAUUUGUUGCCCAAACAAGCAAAGGCACAAGGUUUGUCGUUCGGUAAGGAUCUCAUUGUUGGAGAUGAUGUCUUGCUCAAGAUCGCAAUGAGCUAUACUCGAGAAGCAGGUGUACGUAGUCUGGAACGUGAGAUUGGAGCUGUUGCACGAGCAAAAGCAGUUCAAUUUGCUGAAGAUAGAAAAGGUACUUUGAAAGACAGCAAAGGUAACAAAUGUGCAUACGAUCCAAAGGUUCGUGUGGAAGAUUUGCUAGAUAUUUUGGGUAUCGAGUCAUACGAGCCUGAAGUAGCUGAUAUUCAGUCGCGAUCAGGUGUUUCUACCGGUUUGGCUUAUCAAGGAUCAGGCAGUGGAGGCAUUCUGCAUAUCGAAACAUUGAUGCUACCGCCUGGAACGGGCAACAUGAAGUUGACAGGAAAGCUCGGAGAUGUGAUUCAAGAGUCUGCCAACUUGGCAUUCAGUUGGGUCAAAGCACAUGCAUUCCAAUUGGGCAUCGUACCUAAUCGGGAAAGCGAAUUCCCCAAGAACGACGUGCAUUUGCACAUGCCCAGUGGUGCAAUUCCCAAAGAUGGCCCAAGUGCAGGUGUAGCAAUGGUUUGCGCACUUGUCAGUUUAUGGACUGAUACAGUCAUCCCUAAAGAAUUGGCAAUGACUGGUGAAAUCACAUUGCGUGGUUUGGUGACGCCCGUUGGCGGAAUCAAAGAGAAAUGUCUCGGUGCUCAUCGAGCCGGUAUCAAAAGAUUGAUUUUGCCUAUGCGAAACCGCAAGGAUGUCGAGUCGGACUUACCACAAAACGUUCGUUCUGAUCUGGACAUCCAAUACGUUCGUACAAUCUGGCAAGCGAUCGAUAUCGCCUUCGGAAAUGCAUUGUAUGAAAAUGCAUUGAUGAGAAAUGGUUCUUUGGAAGGUAUCGAUGAAGGAAGACGGUUGAUGACGUCUGAAUUUGAGUCGAGCCGUCUAUAAGGGUGGCAGCUCUUCCCUUUUGUACUCUGAUCGCUGUUUGUUUUGUCAUAAAGGAUGCUAAUACUAUAUACAUUAUAAUAAGAUGAUCGUCUGAUGGUGUCUUGCC